GCUGCCUUCGAUACUGUGAACCAUCAGAUCCUCCUCUCCACCCUCUCCGAGUUGGGCAUCUCCGGCGCGGCCCACGCUUGGAUUGCGUCCUACCUGACAGGUCGCUCCUACCAGGUGGCGAAUCGCAUCUCUGCAUGUCUGGCAGACAUAUCAGUGUGGAUGACGGAUCACCACCUCAAGCUGAACCUCGGCAAGACGGAGCUGCUCUUCCUCCCGGGGAAGGACUGCCCGUUCCAUGAUCUCGCCAUCACGGUUGACAACUCCAUUGUGUCCUCCUCCCAGAGCGCCAAGAACCUUGGCGUGAUCCUGGACAACACCCUGUCGUUCUCAACCAACAUCAAGGCGGUGGCCCGUUCCUGUAGGUUCAUGCUCUACAACAUCCGCAGAGUACGACCCUGCCUCACACAGGAAGCGGCGCAGGUCCUAAUCCAGGCACUUGUCAUCUCCCGUCUGGAUUACUGCAACUCGCUGUUGGCUGGGCUCCCUGCCUGUGCCAUUAAACCCCUUCAACUCAUCCAGAACGCCGCAGCCCGUCUGGUGUUCAACCUUCCCAAGUUCUCUCACGUCACCCCGCUCCUCCGUUCUCUCCACUGGCUUCCAGUUGAAGCUCGCAUCCGCUACAAGACCAUGGUGCUUGCCUACGGAGCUGUGAGGGGAACGGCACCUCAGUACCUCCAGGCUCUGAUCAGGCCCUACACCCAAACAAGGGCACUGCGUUCAUCCACCUCUGGCCUGCUCGCCUCCCUACCACUGAGGAAGUACAGCUCCCGCUCAGCCCAGUCAAAACUGUUCGCCGCCCUGGCCCCCCAAUGGUGGAACAAACUCCCUCACGACGCCAGGACAGCGGAGUCAAUCACCACCUUCCGGAGACACCUGAAACCCCACCUCUUUAAGGAAUACCUAGGAUAG